AUAUACUGUACGGGAGGUAUCGAUGUUCAACUCUUGGGCAAUAAGGGCGAAGAAAGGUGACCGGAGAGCAGAAAACCACCCUUAUGGCUUCGAGAAGACGAUUCCGCCGAAACGCUCUUGUGGUUUUCUUUCUUUGUUGUUCCUUCUUCGUCCUCAUGAACAACGGAAGAAUGACAUCCUUCGGCCAGAACUGCUACAUACCUGCGCUCGCGUCUGCUUUCGAGUAUAUGGAGUACAUUAAUUACAAGCAAACUGUUUGUAAUAACUGGGUCCAGCUCGGAGGAUGGCUGGACGCCCCCGACGACGGCAAGAAGUUCCUGUGCCUCGACGAGAGGUUCCGCCUCGACCGCAAUGACUGCGUCGUCCUCUCCUUCGGCGUCAACAACGAGUGGUCCUUCGAGGAUGACGCCGAGAGGCUGGGCUGCAAGGUCUACGCCUUCGACCCCUCCAUGGGCGCGCGGGAUCACCAGAGAUCACACAGCAUCCGCUUCUUCAGCCUCGGCAUCUCUGACUACCAGGGGGACUUGUAUCUCGGUCAGCUGAAGGACGUCAGAGCAAAGCGAGGGAAGUCGUUCCCGGUCGACCGCUACGAGAACAUCGUCCGGCGUCUGGGACUCGAAGGCCGCGUCAUCGACUACGUCAAGAUGGACAUCGAACUCGCCGAGCUGGACGUCCUGCGCGACCUGCUGGACAACUCGCCGCACCUCCUCAGGAACAUCAACCAGAUCGCCGUCGAAAUCCACCACGACCUGAUGGAAGGCAGGAUGCGAGCGGGCAGCAACGUGCAGGAUUUCUGGACGCUUUUCCACCGCCUCGAAUGCGCUGGCUUCCGGAUCCUCUAUUCGCACACGGCUUCCAUAUGGCAGGAGAUGGUGUGGUCCAGGGAAAUACAUUGAUCAGACCCUUCGUUUGUUGCACUGUAUUGAUUUUCGUUCAGGCGACGAUCUGUUUUUGGAGUCUCGUAGCACUGUCUAAUACUAUAAGAUUUGUGUGUGUGUUUUUGUACAAUUGAUGAUGUUUCUGUUAUAUAUGGUUUAUUCUUCGUAUUUUCUUUGAUAUAUAUUUUUUUUUUGUAUUU